AUGAUUAUUUAUCAUUUAAUUCAUACAAACCCUUAUUUCAUCUCAAAUAUAUCAAAAGGAUAUUUUAAUGUUUCUAACAUAUUUAAAUUUGUUCCAUUAUAUCGCAAAUUAAACUCUUUCUAUACAACAACUAAUCGAUGUACAAAUAAUAUUUUAAAAAAUCAUAAUUUAAAUGAACCAACUUCUACCAAAAAUACUAAUUCCUUCGAACAAUCGCAUAAUAUUCAGGAUUCCAUAACAUUAGCUGAUGAUUCCUCAACUUUGAAUUUGAACCAGAAACAACUUUGUAGAAGCUCUCACAAGAACUUUCUCCUCUACUCAUAUAAUAACUUUGAUUUCGAUACAAUAAUAAAGAUAAAUAACCACGUUCUGGCACCAUAUCAGACGUCACCUAAAAGGAAAACAGAACUUCAUAGAAAACAGUAUUUAUCAAAAUUCCUAAAAUGUAUAUCGAAACAUAACCCUCAGUCUGACCAUGAGAUGCUGAGUAGAUGGUUAAUAAGAUGUAUCGAUUUGUUGACAUCGCAUGAUAUGUACUCAAUGUUAAGAGUACGAUAUAUACUGAACUAUGAUAACUCAUUUGAAACGCUGAGAUCAUCGUAUGGGAUUGACACUUUGGAGAAAUUCUCAAACGUGCAGAGAGCCAAGGAAAUUCGUGAAAAGGUUCUGGAAGAAAAGGCCUCUAAAAAUAAAACCGCAAAAAGAAAGUUAUUGAUGAGAUACCUCAAGAUUAAUAAAGUAAAGUUCCUUAGAGAUCAUAACAUAACGAAAGCUGUAUAUGAAGCAAGCAUCGAGUGGAAUGACGAGAAUAUAAAUAAAAAGAAGAUGGAAGAGUCGAGAUUCGCAUUCAUAUAUAACUUGCCAUUUAUUGAAUUUGAUCACUUGAAGGGAAAAUUGAGCGAUGUAUUAUCUAAGUUCGGUCCACUGAAGAAUAUUGAGAUUAUUGACGACAGAGUACCGCCACUGGCUAGAUUUGUGAACCCAAACAAUAUGAGUAAAAACCAUAAUUAUGAUCCAAAGGAUAAAUAUUCACCCUUGUACGCUAUAGUUGGUAUGUUAUUUAAAUUAUUAGAAAGUUUAGAAUUUCAAAAUCAUGAGGACAGAAACUCACUUUGCUCAUCAAACAUUAGAGUUUUCGGAAUUCUGUUCUUUGGGAGGAUGAUAUACCCAGAAUUUGCUGAAUAUAAACAUAGUCUUAUAACAGCAAUUUAUCCUCCGUUUAAGAAAAUGUCAGGAGCACUUCAGUUUAUAGCAAACACUUUGGUGGAUAUAUAUGACGAUUCUGACUAUGAAAACCAAACUCACGAAUUUAGUACAUGUAAAAUAACGCCGUUGGUAAGGAGAAAGAAGAAAAACAAUAGUUCAAUGGUGGUAACAGCGGAAAAGAAUAUGAAAGACUUAAACACACAAGAGGAGAACAAACAAAUUGAAGAUAAUCAUAUAGACCCAGGAAUGAUAGAGGAUAUAAAAAAGGAUUCUUUAACAGAUUUGGACCCUCAGUGGAUAGUUUUAAGGUUUAAUAACUUCAAAAAUGCAUAUUACGCCAGACAAAAAUUAGUAGAACAGAUAUCAAGUGAGCCGAGAAGUUUUGUAUCAUUUGAUACAAAGAGAUCAGUGUUCCAUAAUGGCGAGUAUAUUGAUCUACCACUGUUCCGAUACACCCAAGAUAAUGAAACGGACAUAACAUAUACAAAUGUUGCUAAAAUUCAAGGAGAAUAUGAUUAA